AUGGAACGUAGGGAAUUCCAUGCCAAUAGCUCUCUCAAGCCCUCCAUAACUUCAGAGAAGAAACGCAAAGCAAGAAGAGAAUCUACUUCAACCAUGGAAGAAUUGAAAGAAAAAACAAGAAUAGCUCUACAAAAAGGUUUGGAUCCAACAGCUGCAAUGAAGUUUAUUGACACCCUCCAAUGGCUAGGAAUUUCCUAUCACUACGAGGAAGAGAUCGAUGUUUGGUUGGAGAAGCUACAGCAUUGGAAUGCUCCUGAACAUGAUUUACAAGCCACAGCUUUACGUUUUCGACUACUUAGACAAAAUUCAAGGCCGGUUAACUCGGAUAUCUUCACAAAAUUCAUGGUGAGAAAGCAAGACAAAGAGGGCCUUCUAUGUUUAUACGAAGCAUCGUAUUUAGGUACAAGUGAUGAAUAUAUAUUAUCAAAAGCCAUGACAUUCGCCGAAAAAGAACUAAAAUUAAUGGCUAGGAGCACAACCUUGCCACGACAUUUUUCGUGGCCUAUAAGUCGAGCCUUGGAACUUCCUCGGCACUUGAGAAUGGAAAGGCUAGAAUCGAGAUUGUAUAUUGAUGAAUACAGCAACCAAAGCCAUCCCAAUGACCAUCUUUUAAAAUUGGCAAAAUCUGAUUAUAAUCAUGUCCAAUCACUAUACCAAAUGGAACUUGCUGAGGUAUUCAGGUGGUUGAAGCACUUGGGGCUUACAGAUAAAUUGAGUUUCGCCAGAAAUCGUCCCAUGGAAUGUUUUUUGUGGACAGUUGGUAUUUUUCCACAUCCCAAAUAUUUUUCUGUCCGAAUAGAAAUGGCAAAAAGCAUAGCUAUAUUGUUAGUCCUCGACGACAUUUUUGAUACCUAUGGCAACAUCGAAGAACUUUCCCUAUUUACACAGGCGAUCCAAAGAUGGGAUCUCAAUGCAAUAGAAGAACUCCCCGAGUACAUGAAAAUAUGCUACAUGGCUCUCUACAAUACAACUAAUGAAAUUGCUUACCAUGUCCUUAAAGAACAAGGGAGAAACAUACUCCCUUACCUUGCCAAAAUGUGGAUUGAUACCAUAGAAGCUUUUAUGGUCGAAGUUGAGUGGUUCAACAAUGGGCAUACGCCGUGCAUUGAAGAUUAUUUAAGAAAUGGAAUAACGACAUCCGGAUCCUACAUGGCUUUAGUUCUUUCAUUCUUCUUAACCGGUGAAGGAAUUAAUGAACAAAAUGUGAAAUAUAUGGCAAAACCAUAUCCAAAAAUAUUUUCAAUCUCUGGAGAGAUUCUUCGACUUUGGGAUGAUCUUGGAACUGCAAAGGAGGAAAAAGAUCGAGGAGACAAUUCAUCCGUUGUAACACUGCUCAUGAAGGAAAAUAAAUUAGCAUCUGAAGAUGAAGCUAGAGAACACAUAAUGGAACUCAUUCAGAAUUUGUGGAAAGAUCUAAAUCGGGAACUCUUAGGUUCAAGCAAGUUGCCAUUGACACUCAUCAACGCGUGUUUCAAUAUGUCCAGAACUUCACAAGUCAUUUAUCAACAUCAAGAAGAUUCCUACUUUUCUAGUGUAGAUAAAUUUGUUGACAUUAUACUUUUCGAUCCAAUUAAGAUUUGA